GUGGGUACCAUCGAGUGAGCGUCAGAACAGAAAGCUAAAGCAGAAGCAGAGAGGAUGCUGCGGUCGUCCUUUCUCGUUUUUUCUUCUUGAGGAUGGAACACAUGUGAGAUUUUAUUUUCUGCUUCAGUCAAAAUUCUGAAGAACUGCAUUGGAGACUAUUAUAUUCACCACAUAUAUGGAUUCUGUGCUAUGAUUUACAAUUCUCUUUAUUUCAGCACUUUCUUAUGCAAGGAGCUAAACAGUGAUUAAAGGAGCAGGAUGAAAAGAUGGCACAGUCAGUGCUGGUACCACCAGGACCUGACAGCUUCCGCUUCUUUACCAGGGAAUCCCUUGCUGCUAUUGAACAACGCAUUGCAGAAGAGAAAGCUAAGAGACCCAAACAAGAGCGUAAGGAUGAGGAUGAUGAAAAUGGCCCAAAGCCAAACAGUGACUUGGAAGCAGGGAAAUCUCUGCCAUUUAUUUAUGGAGACAUCCCUCCAGAGAUGGUGUCAGAGCCCUUGGAGGACCUGGACCCAUACUAUAUCAAUAAGAAAACAUUUAUAGUAUUGAAUAAAGGGAAAGCAAUCUCUCGAUUCAGUGCCACUCCUGCCCUGUACAUUUUAACUCCCUUCAACCCCAUUAGAAAACUAGCUAUUAAGAUUUUGGUACAUUCUUUAUUCAAUGUGCUCAUUAUGUGCACCAUUCUUACCAACUGUGUAUUUAUGACCAUGAGUAACCCUCCAGACUGGACAAAGAAUGUGGAGUACACCUUUACAGGAAUUUAUACUUUUGAAUCACUUAUAAAAAUACUUGCAAGGGGCUUUUGUUUAGAAGAUUUCACAUUUCUGCGGGAUCCAUGGAAUUGGUUGGAUUUCACAGUCAUUACUUUUGCAUAUGUGACAGAGUUUGUGGACCUGGGCAAUGUCUCAGCGUUGAGAACAUUCAGAGUUCUCCGAGCACUGAAAACAAUUUCAGUCAUUCCAGGCCUGAAGACCAUUGUAGGGGCCCUGAUCCAGUCAGUGAAGAAGCUCUCUGAUGUAAUGAUUCUGACCGUGUUCUGUCUGAGCGUGUUUGCACUAAUAGGACUACAGCUGUUUAUGGGCAACCUGCGGAAUAAAUGUUUGCAAUGGCCCCCAGAUAAUUCAUCCUUUGAAAUAAACAUCACUUCCUUCUUUAAUAACUCAUUGGAUGGGAAUGGUACCACUUUCAAUAGGACAGUGAGCAUGUUUAACUGGGAUGAAUACAUUGAGGAUAAAAGUCACUUUUAUUUUUUGGAAGGGCAAAAUGACGCUCUGCUUUGUGGCAACAGCUCGGAUGCAGGCCAAUGCCCAGAAGGAUACAUCUGUGUGAAGGCUGGUAGAAACCCCAACUAUGGCUAUACAAGCUUUGACACCUUUAGUUGGGCUUUCUUGUCCUUAUUUCGUCUCAUGACUCAAGACUUCUGGGAGAACCUUUACCAACUGACACUACGUGCUGCUGGGAAAACAUACAUGAUAUUUUUUGUGCUGGUCAUUUUCUUGGGCUCAUUCUACCUGAUAAAUUUAAUCCUGGCUGUGGUGGCCAUGGCCUACGAGGAACAGAAUCAGGCCACCUUGGAAGAGGCAGAACAGAAAGAGGCUGAAUUUCAACAGAUGCUCGAACAGUUAAAAAAGCAACAAGAGGAAGCUCAGGCAGCAGCUGCGGCAGCAUCUGCUGAAUCAAGAGAGUUCAGUGGUGCCGGCGGGAUAGGCGUUUUCUCAGAGAGUUCUUCAGUAGCAUCAAAGUUGAGCUCCAAGAGUGAAAAAGAGCUGAAAAACAGAAGGAAGAAAAAGAAGCAGAAAGAACAGUCUGGAGAAGAAGACAAAGAAGACGGAGUCCGCAAAUCGGAAUCCGAAGACAGCAUAAGAAGAAAAGGUUUCCGUUUUUCCUUAGAAGGAAGCAGGCUGACAUAUGAAAAGAGGUUUUCUUCUCCACACCAGUCUUUAUUGAGCAUCCGUGGCUCCCUUUUCUCUCCAAGACGCAACAGUAGGGCGAGCCUUUUCAGUUUCCGAGGUCGAGCGAAGGAUAUUGGCUCUGAGAAUGACUUUGCCGAUGAUGAGCACAGCACCUUUGAAGACAAUGACAGCCGGAGAGAUUCUCUGUUUGUGCCACACCGACACGGAGAGCGGCGUCACAGCAACGUCAGCCAGGCCAGCCGCGCCUCCCGGGUACUCCCCAUUCUGCCGGUGAACGGGAAGAUGCACAGCGCCGUGGAUUGCAACGGAGUGGUGUCCCUGGUGGGGGGGCCUUCUGCUCUCACGUCUCCAGCUGGACAACUCCUUCCAGAGGGCACAACUACUGAAACAGAACUAAGAAAGAGACGAUCCAGUUCUUACCAUGUUUCCAUGGACUUGCUGGAAGAUCCUACGGCAAGGCAAAGAGCAAUGAGUCUAGCUAGUAUUUUGACCAACACUAUGGAAGAACUUGAAGAAUCCAGACAGAAAUGCCCACCCUGCUGGUACAAAUUUGCUAACAUGUGUUUGAUUUGGGAUUGCUGUAAACCAUGGUUAAAGGUGAAACAUCUCGUCAACCUGGUUGUGAUGGACCCAUUUGUUGACCUGGCCAUCACCAUCUGCAUUGUCUUAAAUACUCUUUUCAUGGCCAUGGAGCAUUAUCCUAUGACGGAGCAAUUCAGCAGCGUGCUGUCAGUCGGAAACCUGGUCUUCACUGGGAUCUUCACAGCAGAAAUGUUUCUGAAGAUAAUUGCCAUGGAUCCAUAUUAUUACUUUCAAGAGGGCUGGAAUAUUUUUGAUGGCUUAAUCGUGAGCCUUAGUUUAAUGGAGCUCGGUUUGGCAAACGUGGAAGGAUUGUCAGUUCUCCGAUCAUUUCGGCUGCUCCGAGUUUUCAAGUUGGCAAAAUCCUGGCCCACCCUGAAUAUGCUGAUAAAGAUCAUUGGCAAUUCUGUGGGGGCUCUAGGUAAUCUCACCUUGGUGUUGGCCAUCAUCGUCUUCAUUUUUGCCGUGGUCGGCAUGCAGCUCUUUGGUAAGAGCUACAAAGAAUGUGUCUGCAAGAUUUCCAAUGAUUGUGAGCUCCCACGCUGGCACAUGCAUGACUUCUUCCACUCUUUCCUGAUUGUGUUCCGCGUACUGUGUGGAGAGUGGAUCGAAACCAUGUGGGACUGUAUGGAAGUCGCUGGCCAAACCAUGUGCCUUACUGUCUUCAUGAUGGUCAUGGUGAUUGGAAACCUGGUGGUUCUGAACCUCUUCCUGGCCUUGCUCUUGAGUUCGUUCAGUUCUGACAACCUUGCCGCCACUGAUGAUGAUAAUGAAAUGAACAAUCUCCAGAUUGCUGUGGGGAGGAUGCAGAAAGGAAUUGAUUAUGUUAAGAGAAAACUACGUGAAUUUAUUCAGAAAGCCUUUGUUAGAAAGCAAAAGGCUUUAGAUGAAAUUAAACCUCUUGAAGAUCUAAAUAACAAAAAAGACAGCUGUAUUUCCAACCAUACCACUAUAGAAAUAGGCAAAGAUCUCAAUUAUCUCAAAGAUGGAAAUGGAACUACCAGUGGCAUAGGCAGCAGUGUCGAAAAAUAUGUUGUGGAUGAAAGUGAUUAUAUGUCAUUCAUAAACAAUCCCAGCCUCACUGUGACUGUACCAAUUGCUGUCGGAGAGUCCGACUUUGAAAAUUUAAAUACUGAAGAAUUCAGCAGUGAGUCAGAUAUGGAGGAAAGCAAAGAGAAGCUAAAUGCAACUAGUUCAUCUGAAGGCAGCACAGUUGAUAUAGGAGCUCCCGCUGAGGGUGAGCAACCUGAGGUAGAACCCGAAGAAUCCCUUGAACCUGAAGCCUGUUUCACAGAAGACUGUGUACGGAAGUUCAAAUGUUGUCAGAUAAGCAUAGAAGAAGGCAAAGGAAAACUCUGGUGGAACUUGAGAAAAACUUGCUAUAAGAUAGUGGAGCACAACUGGUUUGAAACCUUCAUUGUCUUCAUGAUUCUACUCAGCAGUGGAGCACUGGCCUUUGAAGAUAUAUAUAUCGAGCAGCGAAAAACCAUUAAGACCAUGUUAGAAUAUGCUGACAAAGUUUUCACUUAUAUAUUCAUCCUGGAAAUGCUUCUAAAGUGGGUUGCGUAUGGUUUUCAAAUGUAUUUCACCAAUGCCUGGUGCUGGCUAGAUUUCCUCAUUGUUGAUGUCUCAUUGGUUAGCCUGACUGCAAAUGCCUUGGGUUACUCAGAACUUGGUGCCAUCAAAUCCCUCAGAACACUAAGAGCUCUGAGGCCAUUGAGAGCCUUAUCCCGGUUUGAAGGAAUGAGGGUUGUUGUCAAUGCUCUUUUAGGAGCCAUUCCAUCCAUAAUGAAUGUACUUCUGGUUUGUCUGAUCUUUUGGCUCAUAUUCAGUAUCAUGGGAGUGAAUCUCUUUGCUGGCAAGUUUUAUCAUUGUAUUAACUACACCACUGGAGAAAUGUUUGAUGUAAGUGUGGUCAACAACUACAGCGAAUGUAAAGCCCUCAUAGAGAGCAAUCAAACUGCCAGGUGGAAAAAUGUGAAAGUAAACUUUGAUAAUGUAGGACUUGGAUAUCUUUCUCUGCUUCAAGUAGCCACAUUUAAGGGAUGGAUGGAUAUCAUGUAUGCAGCUGUUGAUUCACGAAACGUAGAAUUACAACCCAAGUAUGAAGACAAUCUGUACAUGUACCUUUAUUUUGUCAUCUUUAUUAUUUUUGGUUCGUUCUUUACCCUGAAUCUUUUCAUUGGUGUCAUCAUAGAUAACUUCAACCAACAGAAAAAGAAGUUUGGAGGUCAAGACAUUUUUAUGACAGAAGAGCAGAAGAAAUACUACAAUGCAAUGAAAAAACUGGGUUCAAAGAAACCACAAAAACCCAUCCCUCGGCCUGCUAACAAAUUCCAAGGAAUGGUCUUUGAUUUUGUAACCAAACAAGUCUUUGAUAUCAGCAUCAUGAUUCUCAUCUGCCUCAACAUGGUCACCAUGAUGGUGGAAACUGAUGACCAGAGUCAGGAGAUGACAAACAUUCUGUACUGGAUUAAUCUGGUGUUUAUUGUUUUGUUCACUGGAGAGUGUGUGCUGAAACUAAUCUCUCUUCGUUAUUACUAUUUCACCAUCGGAUGGAAUAUUUUUGAUUUUGUGGUGGUCAUUCUCUCUAUCGUAGGUAUGUUUCUGGCCGAGCUGAUAGAAAAAUACUUCGUGUCCCCUACCCUGUUCCGAGUGAUCCGUCUCGCCAGGAUUGGUCGAAUCUUGCGUCUGAUCAAAGGGGCGAAGGGGAUCCGCACGCUGCUCUUUGCUCUGAUGAUGUCCCUUCCCGCCUUGUUUAACAUCGGCCUCCUGCUCUUCCUGGUCAUGUUCAUCUACGCCAUCUUUGGAAUGUCCAACUUUGCGUAUGUUAAGAGGGAAGUUGGAAUUGAUGACAUGUUCAACUUUGAGACCUUCGGCAACAGCAUGAUCUGCCUGUUCCAAAUUACCACCUCUGCUGGCUGGGAUGGAUUGCUAGCACCCAUUCUUAAUAGUGGACCUCCAGAUUGUGACCCUGAAAAAGAUCACCCUGGAAGCUCUGUUAAGGGAGACUGUGGAAACCCAUCUGUGGGGAUCUUCUUUUUUGUCAGUUACAUCAUCAUAUCGUUUCUAGUUGUGGUGAACAUGUACAUCGCUGUCAUCCUGGAGAACUUCAGUGUCGCUACUGAGGAAAGUGCAGAGCCCCUGAGUGAGGAUGACUUUGAGAUGUUCUAUGAGGUUUGGGAGAAGUUCGAUCCUGAUGCCACCCAGUUUAUAGAGUUCUCCAAGCUCUCUGAUUUUGCAGCUGCCCUAGAUCCUCCUCUCCUCAUAGCAAAACCAAACAAAGUCCAGCUCAUUGCCAUGGACCUGCCCAUGGUCAGUGGCGACCGGAUCCACUGCCUCGACAUUUUAUUUGCCUUCACAAAGCGUGUUUUGGGUGAGAGUGGAGAGAUGGAUGCCCUUCGAAUACAGAUGGAGGAGCGGUUCAUGGCAUCGAACCCCUCCAAAGUCUCCUACGAACCCAUCACGACCACUCUGAAACGCAAGCAAGAGGAGGUGUCUGCUGUUGUUAUCCAGAGGGCUUAUAGACGCUACCUCUUGAAGCAAAAAGUGAAAAAGGUUUCGUGUAUCUAUAAGAAAGACAAAGGCAAAGAAGGCGAAGGAACACCUAUCAAAGACGAUAUCCUCAUUGAUAAACUAAAUGAGAAUUCGACUCCAGAGAAAACCGACGUGACACCCUCCACCACUUCUCCACCCUCGUAUGACAGUGUCACCAAACCGGAAAAAGAAAAAUUUGAAAAAGACAAAUCAGAAAAGGAAGACAAAGGGAAAGAUAUCAGGGAAAGUAAAAAGUAAAAGGAACAAAGAAUAUUUCAUUUUGUGAUCAAUUGUUUACAGCCUGUGAUGGUGAUGGAUUAGUGUCAACAGGACUCCCACAGGAGGUCUAUGCCAAACUGACUGUUUUUACAAAUGUAUACUUAAGGUCAGUGCCUAUAACAAGACAGAGACCUCUGGUCAGCAAACUGGGACUCAAUAAACCAGAAAAACAGCAUCGACAGGAGGUUUCUGUUUUCACAACCAGCUGACACUGCUGAUGAGCAGAGAUGUAAUGGCUACUCAGACUAUAGGAACCACUUUAAAGGGGGGAGGGAAGUUAAAUUUUUAUGUAAAUUCAACACGUGACACUUGAUGAUAGUAAUUGUCACCACUGUUUAUGAUUUAACUGCCACACCUGCCAUAUUUUUACAAAAUGUAUGCUGUGAACUUAUCACCUGUUUUUUUUUUUUUUUUAAUUCACAGGUUGUUUACUAUUAUAUGUGACUAUUUUUGUAAAUGGGUUUAUGUUUGGGGAGAGGGAUUAAAGGUAGGGAAUUCUACGUUUCUCUAGUACAACUGGAUAUAUUUUAAAUGAAGGCAUGCUGCAUUUCUCAUUCAUACGUGAAAAAAAAUCACAUCACAAAAAGAAAGAGUUUACUUCUUGUUUCAGGAUGUUUUUAGAUUUUUGAGGUGCUUAAAUAGCUAUUCAUGUUUUUAAGGUAUCUCAUCCAGAAAAAUUUUAAUGUGCCUGUAAAUGUUCCAUAGAAUUCACAAGCAUUGAAGAAUUGUUUUAUUUUUACAUAAUCCAUUAUAUGUACAUGUAUAUAUGUAUA